AUGAAUGCUCUACUACGGCGGGGAUCGGAACGGCUGGCAGCGGCCGUGCAAUUGCGAGACGAGAUCGAGGUCUUAUGCACACAAGCCCGAAUUCCCGUCGCACCGCUGGACGACCCGCUGCCCACUUGGGAAGAGUUCGCUCGCUCGCCUCACAUCAGGUCUCCCGCCUGGCAAGAACUAAUGAACGUAUGCUGGGAAAUGCACUGCGCCCUGGAUGGGGACUCGGAAACUCAAGACGGCACCAACGUCAAAAACAGAUCGGGAGACGAUCCCACUCACAACGCUCCGCUAGACUACCACGUUCCGACCCCCAACUACCAAGUUCCGACCCCCAACUACCAAGUUCCGACCCCCAACUACCAGGUUCCGACCCCCAACUACCAGGUUCCGACCCCCAACUACCAGGUUCCGACCCCCAACUACUCCCCCUUCCCUGACCGAGGCAUUCCACAGUCCGCCGUUCCGCUACCCGUCGGCUACGAAAGGUUACCGGGACGCCCCUUGAGACAGGUAGUCCGCAGCGCCUCCAUCCCCUUGGGUGCCGGGACGUCCCCGGUGGCGGUGCUGGGCUACACUCGGGACCAGUUGCACCAAAUUACCAAACCGUGGCCCGAAUACCGACGGGACGUCCUGUCCACAGCAGGCACGCCCGCAGAGCCAGGAACUGACCUCGGGCCGGGAGUCGACGUCAAACCGGGAACCGGUCUCAAGCCCCUAGGUGAUCCGCGGUCGAUUAAUGACUUGCCGUCGAUUAACGACUUGCAGUCGAUUAACGACCCGCGGUCGAUUAAUGACCCGCAGUCGGUGAAUGACCCGCGGUCGGUGAAUGACCCACGGUCGGUGAAUGACCCACGGUCCAUCCCGGAUCCGCGAUCUUACAUGGAACCCCGAUCUUACAUGGAACCGCAAGACUACGACGAGUUCCAGCCCUCGCUCACUUCGCCGUUGCAGCAGCCGAAUGCGUUCAAGCAAGAGGCCGCUUUUACGCCCGCUCCCGCUCCGGCCUUUGGACCGGUGUUUGCGCGUGUGCGAAGUGCCUCCCGGAGUCCGCCGUCGAAAGCGCCGACCCGCGCGCAACUCUUCCCCACGCCGAGCGCCGUGUCCUUCGCCCGCGCGCCCCUUCCACCCCGGGACGCGGUUGGGCGGACACAAACCCCCGCCACACAAACACAGGCCACAGACACGUCGGGGGCGACUGAGUCGGGACCAGCCGGGGCGGCGGGGUCGCCGGCGUCUUCGCCGAACUCGUCGCUGGAGAAGAGCUCUACGUCGUCCAGCGGCGAGUGGGUCGAACUCGCGCCCGUCCGUAGCCGGCGCUUCACGACGCCGCUGCCACCUCCUAGCUUCGAACAAAGCGGCGCUAGCAGCCGCAGACAGUCCAUGCCGCCGCUCCGACUCGGCGGCGUCGGGCCUUCCUCCUGGCUCUCCGGCGCACCUACGCAAGGCGACGUGUACCUCGCGCCGCCGCCCUGA